AUGUCGCUCGCGUCUUCUCAGGCGCCGGCCCGCCCUGUGGCUAUUCCCAUUCCAUUUCCCAUGCCCUCACGCGACAAUCAGCCCGAGCCUAUUCAAAGCUCUGAAGAAUACAUCCAACAGCUUCAAAUCCUGACUCAUUUCAAUUCUGACCUACGGAAAGCCGGCUACGUCAUGCAACAGCUCUCGCAGGACUAUCUGGAUCGCAAGCGGAGAUGUUUUCUAUGUAGUCGCCAUCUUCCUUACAAGUUGAAAAAGACCGGUUGGUUACCAAAGACUCCGGUUCAAGGAAGCAGAAAUAAUGAUAACUAUGACGACGAUGAGGAUCUUGGCCAGCGCAUCAAUAGUUCUGGCCAGGGUGACUCAUCCAAAAGAGCUAAGAAGCCAGUCUUGAACUGCAAGUACCAUCCUGGAAAAGUCAUUCAAAGAAAAUGGACCUGCUGUAAUGGCAUCCCUGGUUCGCCGCCGUGUCAGGGCAAGGAGGAUCAUACGCCAAAAGUCUAUGCCGCCGGUGAGCUGGAAAGGGAAUGGAGAUAUUUCCACACACCCGGUUUCCAAUCUAGGGGCUCUCCGGCAAUUGCUGUUGUCAUCGACUGUGAAAUGGGAACAGCUUCAACAGGAGAAUCCGAACUGAUCCGCGUAUCCGCUGUCGACUACUUCUCAGGCAAAGUCCUGCUCGAUAAACUUGUGUAUCCUGAUGUUAAGAUGAUUCAUUUCAACACAAAGUAUUCGGGAGUCACCAGACAAGAUAUGGAGAACGCACGGCGCACGCGAUCGUGCCUACUGGGCCGUGCCAGUGCUAGAAAUGCCCUCUGGGAGUUCAUCGGCCCCAAUACCGUAGUCAUUGGACACGGCGCCAACUCUGAUCUCACCUCUUUGCGUUGGAUUCACCCACUCAUUAUCGACACGUACUUGGUCGAAAAAGCAAACAGGCCGCCAGAGGAGGACAAACAGGGCAAGCAAGCAGAACAAACUUCUGAGGCCCUGGCCGGUGACCAGCAGCUCCAAAACGAGGUGACAGACACUCAACAAGGGCCCGAUGAAAAGGGUCCUGCGGCGCCAAAACAGAGAGGGGGGCUAUCACUGAAAGCACUGGCGAAAGAGAGGCUUGGGCGAGACAUCCAAGUUAAGGGCAAGGGACAUGACAGCGUGGAGGAUUCAAUUGCAGCGCGCGACAUCUUGCACUGGAACAUCUGCAAGCUCCUUGAGCCAGUCGAUGACUUCGAUCUCAACUGA